AAAUUUCCAUAGUGUUGGGAAACGGGAAACAUUUUUAACGUAUGUUUCGGUUGCGGUCUAGAUGUGCACGUUUUCUUUGUAAAUUCAUUACAUAAAUCUAUAAAAAGUGCAUCCAAGAUGUACGCCCUGCUCCGACGCUUCGUGGGAGUCUCCACCAGCAGUAGUCCAAUUAGAUGCUACGCCUCCUUUACGCCUAGGGAUGUGUUACGGCAAAGUGCCGACGAGACCGGCACCCUGCUCACCCGCUUUGCCAAACACAUUGCUCUGGAGCGAUACAGGGAUCGGGAGCAUGUGCUGCCCAAGACGACAAUCCGGUAUGCCGACUACUUUCCCAUCACGGACGACCGUUACUUCCAGCGGUCCGUUCAAAAGACGGAAGCGGCCCAGCUGCCGGCUCUAAUCAUACAGGCCUCCAGUUACCGAUCCAAUGCUGCCGUGCCCAUGUAUGUGGCCGCUCUGAACGCCUUGGACAACCAUGCAGCCAAUCAGCUAUCGAAGAUGGAAACCAGCACUGUGCUGGAGACGCUGUACUCGUUUCUGUUUCUCAUCCCCGGCUGGAUGAAGCGGACUGACUUCUUCCAGGCAGCUGUUCAGCGAUUGGCCAAAGAAGACUUCCGCGACAACAAGGAGCGCUUCGUUCAGGUGUGCUUCUACCUGGGACUGCAGAAGAAGCAAGCUCAGACAUCCAACGACUUCCAACAGAUGCUCGAGGAUCAACUGGCAACACAUUUGCCUGUGUUAAGUGAACUGGAUCUGGCCAUGAUUAGCAAUGCAGCCUAUAAGACCUCCACUUUAGUUACGGGCCAGGUGCGAGACUCGUACGAGUCCUCCCUUGUUAAAGCCACUUUAAAUUUGAAACUAGAUGCGGAGAGCAUUGCUCUGUUGGUCUCCUUUGUGAAGGCCUUGCGCCUCCAACGGGUGAAGGACGAUCGAGUCUGCCAGCAUCUGCAGGAAAUCUGCCUAGAUCCUGUCAAGAUUGCUCUCAUAGAUCCUCGCGGGUUGGCUCAUAUUUUUGCUUUUUUCGCGGAACAACUGUGGGACGAGAAGCAAUGCCUAACCAUCGUUGUGGAGCGUCUAAUGAACUUACUCAAGCCAGGAGAUCUUCGAGCCAAGGACCUUGCCACCUUCUUGUGGGCCAGUGCCCAACUGGAUUGUGAAUUAUCCGAACCGCAAAUCCGUCAGCUCGAGCUGGCUGCUCUUCGAAAGCUAGACUAUGGCGAGUACGAUUAUUAUCCGGACAAUCUGGUGGACACCUGCUUAUCGCUAUGUACCUUGGGACACUACUCCAAGGAUCUUAUUAACGCAGCUGAGGAACUGAAGGCCGCACAACGACGACAGCGAGCGCAGCCCAAGGUGGACAGCCGUUUGAUCGUUUUGCGAUCAGCUAUUGCCAUUGAGCAACCAGCGCUAGGAAAGCUGAAGGUGGAACAGGCAUACAAAGAGUUUGACCGUGCACCAGCUUACUUGCUAAAGGAGCGCACGGACUUGAGCAAGUACGCUCAGGAGCUAAGUCAAGAUGCCGAGGUGGAAGGCGUGGAUUUGGUGUGUCCCAUCAGUGGCGUAAACCUGCCAAGUCUUCGAGUACAGACCAUGGGCGAGCAGCCAAGCGUUUACUUUGUGGAAUUACUCUCUGCAGACCAGACCUUAAAGUUCAGCAAGAAACCGACUUCAUUGCUGCGUCUAAAGAAGCGGCUCCUGGAGUCAUUAGGCCAAAAGGUGGUCGUGCUCCGCUCAGCGGAUAUGGUCACCAGCGCCAAGGAACUCCAGCAGCUGCUAAUUCCAGAUACAGCGGCAGAGAUAAACAAAAAAGCCGAAGCUGCCCAAGGCCUGAGUAGCUGAAUCUUGUGAUAUAUAUUCCUAGGCUAGUUACAGAUCGUAGCUGUAUUUAACAGUGUUUUAUGUACUUGUACAUAUUUCUUUAAAUAUUAAUAGCACUAAACAUAA